UCGUCCCUGAUUGGCUGAGCUGCUACGUGAUAACAAGGCAUGGGCGGAGCUAACCCAAAUGACAGCAUAAAGAAAACUUUAUUAGCUAGCUGCUAACUUCUUCGUCUCUUUCAUGAUGUAACUUGACAGAAACGGCUGAUUUCGAACCUCACAAAGAUGGACCGUCACGUAGACGAGGCAGACGUGUGUCAGUCACAGUGGCCCAGUUCAGUGCUGCUGAACAGCAGGAAUGUCCUGAAAGCAAGAGUGCAACAGUUUGUAGAAGAGAGGAUGCAAACCACAAUGCUUACAGGCAUAGUAAUUGGAGCAGCUGUUGUCGUCUCUCUGAUUGGCAUAGUGGUUCUAUUCCUUUACAAGAGAUACAGACUUUCUCGUCAGCAGCAAGCAGGUGUUCCUCAGUAUCGCUUCAGAAAACGUGACAAAGUGCUCUUCUAUGGAAGGAAGAUCAUGCGAAAGGUCCAAACGCUGUCUUCAACUCCUCCUUCGUCCUCUACAUUAGUGUCAAAGCAACCACAACGCACACGCAAAAGGACGAAAGUCCUCAGCAUAGCUCGCAAAAUCCUGAGAAUCCGGAAAGACCCCCCUACCCUGCAACCCAAAGAACCCCCUCCCUCCUUGCUGGAGGCCGAUUUGACUGAGUUUGAAGUGCAGAGCUCAAAUCUGCCUUCAGAGGUUCUGUACAUGCUCAAGAAUGUUAGAGUUUUGGGUCAUUUCGAGAAGCCUCUGUUUCUGGAGUUGUGCCGCCACAUGGUGUUGAUUGAGCUUCAAGAGGGCGAGAGCUUAUUCAAGCCAGGAGAUGACGAUGACAGCAUCUAUGUAGUUCAGGACGGUCGACUUGAACUCUGCAUCCAAGAGAAUGAUGGAACUGAGCCUGUGGUGAAAGAUGUACUACCAGGAGACAGUGUCCAUAGUCUGCUCAGUAUUCUGGACAUCAUCACCGGUUACCCAGCUCCAUAUAAGACUGUAUCAGCCCGGGCUGCAACUCGCUCCAUUAUCUUGCGUUUACCUGCAUCAGCCUUUGAUUCAGUUUUCAGGAAAUACCCAGAGACACUUGUGCGUGUGAUUCAAAUUAUCAUGGUGCGCCUUCAGAGAGUCACCUUUUUGGCUUUGCACAACUAUCUAGGCCUCACAACGGAGCUUUUCAAUCCGGAGAGCCAGGCUGUGCCUUUGUCUAAUUUGAACAGCGUGAUGGCCGAGGCAAAUUCUGGAAAAAUGACUCGUCGUCUCCACUUCCAGGAAGAGUUGGGUUCUGGGUCCAGUGAUAUCUCUGGAGAACUAGAUGGUGUGAAGGACAGCCCCUCAAACAAGAGGCUGCGAUCUACCUCAAUGCCAGCUGAUAUUACAGUGACAGGAAAUGACCUGAACAUGGCUUGUGAACGAGCUCGAGUCACAAUAGAGGAGACUCCAUCCAGUCCCGCCACUCACAAAUCUAGUCUGAAAAAGAACGUUACAAUGCAGCACACUCCAUCGGAAGUGUUUCAUUACACUGACAGUGGAGGGCAGUCUGACGCCGUCCACCUCGGUAAGAGCAACACAAUCCUCCAGGCUGCCAAGAGAGACUUACAGGGCAUCAUCCAACUGCAGGACCCUGGGCUUCUUGAAAGAAGAGUCACCCUCCAUCAUGUCAAAGCUGGCUCUGUGAUAGCUCGUCAAGGAGACCAGGAGGUGAGCAUCCAGUUUGUGAUUUCGGGCCUCCUUCAUGUGUACCAGCGCAUGAUUGACCGUGAAGAAGACACGCGGCUGUUUGUGACUCAUCCUGGAGAGCUCGUUGGUCAGCUCGCAGUUUUGACUGGAGAGCCUCUCAUAUUUACUGUGCGGGCCCAGAGAGACUGCAGCUUCCUCUCCAUUUCCAAAACCCACUUUUAUGAGAUAAUGCGUGUGGAACCAAAAGUGGUCCUGACUGUGGCUCACACGGUUUCAAGGAGGAUGUCGUCUUUUGUGCGGCAGAUAGACUUUGCUCUGGAUUGGAUGGCUGUGGAAGCUGGCCGAGCAGUAUACAGGCAAGGAGAAAAAUCCGACAGCACUUUCAUCGUGCUGAGCGGUCGACUUCGCUCUGUGAUCAUGAAGGAAGAUGGCAAAAAGGAACUGAUUGGAGAAUAUGGACGUGGUGACCUGAUUGGAGUGGUGGAGGCCUUAACUCAUCAGAACAGAGCCACCACAGUCCAUGCUGUUCGUGACUCUGAGCUGGCAAAGCUACCUGAAGGAGCUCUGAGCUCUAUUAAAAGAAAGUUUCCACAGGUUGUCACCAGAUUGAUCCAUUUACUCGGUCAGAAGAUUCUCCAGCAGGUGAACGGUCCUCUGACAGCUCGUAGUUUAGCCCUCAAAUCUCCAGGAAGCAAGUGGGAUGCAGGAAAUCCGGCCUCCAACCUUUCAACGGUGGCUGUGCUGCCUGUAUCUGAAGAGGUGCCUUUGACAGCCUUCACUCUGGAGCUGCAGCACGCGCUCAUCGCCAUAGGACCCACGCUUUUGUUGACCAGUGAUAUCAUUAAACAGAGGCUCGGUGCUGCAGCUUUAGACAGUGUCCACGAGUACCGUUUAUCCAGCUGGCUGGGCCAACAGGAAGACAUCCAUCGUAUAGUUCUUUAUCAGACCGACUACACACUGACACCAUGGACGCAGCGCUGCAUUCGUCAGGCUGACUGCAUCAUUAUCGUGGGAUUAGGAGAGCAAGACCCCGCUGUCGGAGAGCUGGAGCGCAUGUUGGAAGGAAGUGCCGUUCGUGCCCAGAAGCAGCUGGUUCUGCUGCACAGAGAAGACGGGCCUCCCCCGCAAGGAACUGUAGACUGGCUGAACAUGCGAAGCUGGAUUUCCAGACAUCUCCACCUCUCCUGUCCCCGAAGGGUCUUCUCUAAAAGGAGCCUCCCCAAGCUGUUGGAGCUCUACCAGCGUGUGUUUGAAAAGCCUGCAGACCGCCACUCUGACUUCUCUCGUUUGGCUCGCGUUCUUACGGGAAAUGCCAUUGCUCUCAUCCUUGGAGGAGGAGGCGCAAGGGGCUGCUCCCAGGUGGGGAUAAUGCGAGCCCUCAGCGAGGCUGGCAUCCCAGUAGACCUGAUUGGUGGGACGUCGAUCGGCUCCCUAAUGGGGGCGCUGUAUGCUGAGGACCGCAGCCACAGUCGCAUGAGGAUCAGGGCUAGAGAAUGGGCCAUGGAAAUGACGUCGGUCUUCAAGAAGUUUCUGGAUUUGACUUACCCCGUCACCUCCAUGUUUUCUGGUGCGUCGUUCAACUCCAGCAUCAACAAUGUCUUCAAAAGCAAACAGAUCGAGGACCUUUGGAUUCCAUAUUUUAAUAUCACAACAGACAUCACUGCAUCAGCCAUGAGAGUGCACACUGAUGGUUCUCUGUGGCGGUACGUUCGUGCCAGCAUGUCCCUGUCGGGGUAUCUGCCUCCUCUCUGUGACCCUAAAGAUGGACACCUGCUGAUGGAUGGAGGCUACAUCAACAACCUGCCUGCUGAUGUUGCACGCUCCAUGGGGGCCAAGGUGGUGAUAGCUAUUGACGUGGGCAGCCGGGAUGAAACCAACCUCACUAAUUAUGGCGACUCGCUGUCUGGCUGGUGGCUGCUAUGGAAACGCUUCAACCCCCUGGCAGAGAAAGUGAAGGUGUUGAACAUGGCAGAGAUUCAGACACGCCUGGCCUACGUGUGCUGCGUGAGGCACCUGGAGUCCGUUAAGAACAGCGACUACUGCGAGUACAUCCGACCUCCGAUAGACAGAUACCGCACUCUUGAAUUCGGCAAGUUUGAUGAGAUUGCUGAAGUGGGAUAUCAACAUGGCAAGACUGUGUUUGAUGUGUGGAGUCGUAGUGGCGUCAUUGAGAAAAUGCUGAAAGACCGCCACCAGGAGGAGUUCCACAACACACAAAAUAAGAACAAUGUUGUGACGUGUCCAAAUGCUUCUUUCACCGACCUGGCAGAAAUCGUGUCCCGCAUUGAGCCGGUCAAACCUGCACUGGCGGAUGAGGAGUCAGAGUACCAAACUGACUAUGAAGAGGAGGCUUUGGAGAGCGCUCUGUCAGACAUGGAGGGCUACGGUCACUAUGGAGAUCACACUGAGGGGGAGGAGACCGCGGACACGGAUGAAGAGAUGGAGGGUGGAGAAGAAUGUCCAGCUACCUCACACACCAGCAGCCUCUCUUCAGCUGACGGUCCAGCAGAGGAACCGACAAACCAGCAAGUGCAUUCCAAACAUUAAAACAAGCAAACACUGCCUUCAAUCGCCACCUCUUACUUCCUUAGCGUUUCCUUUAUUUUUCAGAGCACUGACCUUUCUGAUUGUUGUUUUAUUCAGUGUAGAUGUAACCAAUGAACAAUCUUUGUAUAACACUCCAUCAGUAAUGCAUCAGUAACACUCAUGUAUUCAGUUCGUUGAGCAGCACCUUAUCGUUUCUCAUAUUGAGAUAGCUGAAAUGACUUCUUAAAGCGCUACAUAAAUCACUUCUGUCCACCGGAUAAUAUGGAAAAAAAUAAACGGGGCAAGUGAGAAAACAUUAUUUCCAUAAAUAAUCUGCAUUUAGACCAAAAGCUGUUUUAAAUCUUUAUAGGUGAGUUUACUUUAUUAAAAAAAUAUAAUUUUCAUUGCAUUCCUUAAACCAAGUUAAAGCAGCAUUAAGGAUCUCUGAUAUCCACGCAAAUCUGUCAGAUGAAGUAGUUCUUUUGUUUCUAACUUAACAUUGUUGGCAUUUACAUCUGUUCAAAUCACUUAAAAUGUUUGUCAUUUAAAGAGUUUCCUGUUCAGUUUGAUGGUUGUUGUUAUUUUUCAUGUUAAGCCAAGUAAAGGGUUCAGUUGAACUAAAUAUUGACAAUAAGUCAAAGUUAUGAGUGAUCCUCUGUUACAUGUUGUUACUCUUCUUUGUUUACAGUAUUUACAUUAUAUAAACAACUCUAGGAAGACAUAAAAAUCUUUUUUUGUUGUUGUUUUGUUUAAACAUUAUACCAAACUCCUGUAACAUUCUGAAAUUAUUAUUAUUAUUAUUAUUAUUUAUAAAAGCAGUGGAUCAAUUCUUUAUUCCGUCCUGCUGCAGGGAUUCAUAUUUUUACAGGAAGAUUUACUCGAUCUUUAUUUAAGCAGCUCUGCAAAACAAACAAAAGCACAAAAUUAACACUUCCCAGUCUUUGCUCGUCAACUUUCCACUUAAUCAAAUAGAUUUUCAACUGUUCAAAAAGUGAAACUUCCUCUGUCUGGAUUUUUUUUUCUGUUUUUUUUUUUUUUUGCCAAAGAAAGUGCAGAAUAAGCAUCCGCUUUUGCUUUGGCUGUCGGCACAGUCCUGUCUUUUCCAUUGUGCCACAGAGAUGCAGGGAAUUAAUGAUCGGUCCACCUCAAAGCUCCAGAUUUCCCCCUCAUGGCUGACGAGUCUCCACCAAUCUGUUCUGUGCAUUGAAACCUUCUAAACAGCAGAGUUUGGCUGAAGCCCAACUCAGCUCUGCAUUUAAGCUGUCACAUGAAUGUUGAAUGUUUGCCCAAAGUGUCUUGUAUUUAUUUGUAUUUGGCCUUUAUACUUGUCAUUAUGUUUUUUUAUAAUCUGAAGACAAAAAGUUCCUUCAAAAAUGAAAUUAUAUAAACAAAUUGAAAGUAUAUCUAUAGCACAAAUUCUAGGCUUCUUUAACUUAUAUGGAUUUCAUAGUUUUAUUGUUAAAAUCUCAACAGGUGAUGAUUUUCUUUGUCAAUCAUUUAUAUUAACUUUGUAAAAAAAAAAACAUAUUUAGAACAAUAAAAUUUGUGUUGUAAAACUCUCAUUUAUGUUUGAUCAACAAUAACAUUUCCAAAGAAAUUCUUGUGGUGAAGAUUUAAUCAUUUUUUUGAUCAUUUUACUUCCGUUUGUUGAUUUGAAUUACGCAACAAUAAAAGUUGAAUAUAUGGAAAGUUAGAGUUAGGUCAAAUGGUCACAGCAUUUUAGUUUUUGUUUUUGUUUAAAAAAAAAAAGAAUGUUUGUACACGGAUAAACUGCUGUUUGUUUGUGAGAUUAUUUUGUUUUUAUUUUGUUUUUCUCUGCAAGCACAAAGGAAUGAUGUCAUCUGACAGAAUGAACGAUUGGCUGCUUUAAUAAAAGGGUCACGUUGAUGAAUGAAGUGCUGAUGUAAUGGAUGAAGCUGUGCCACAAAGUUAAUAUAUGAAAGCCUUAGGUGAGUGAUGUAUGAGAUGCAAUCUGUGCCCUCAUUUGACACUCAUUUGGAUUAUUGCAUUGUAUAAAAUGUUUACUAUUAAGAUUUCCACUUAUGAUUCUGUCUGUUUCUUGGAUCAAUAAAGCUGUUAAACAUUUCUCUCA